AUGAACUGUGUGUAUCUUUCUCAUGGGUUCAGGUUACUGUACCUGCUGCAGCAGAGCUCCUCCUCUCUGGAGCUGAGGACAGAGUGUGCCGUGGUGCUGGGCAGCCUGGCCAUGGGCACCGAGAACAACAUAAAGUCCCUUGUGGACUGUCACAUCAUCCCCGCCCUGCUUCAAGGUCUCUUGUGUCCAGACCUGAUCUUUAUUGAAGCUUGUCUUCGAUGUCUCAGAACGGUUUUCAUCAGUCCAGUCACCCCCGUGCAGCUGCUCUAUACUGACCCCACUGUGAUCCCCCAUCUAAUGUCUCUCCUGAGCCGCUCCCAGAGAACGCAGGAGUACAUCACACAGAUCUUCUCCCACUGUUGUAAGACCCCGGAGCACCAGACGGUUCUUUUUAACCACGGCGCAAUCCAGAACAUUGCCCCUCUUCUUAUCUCCCCCUCUUAUAAGGUCCGGAUGCAGGCGUUAAAGUGUUUCUCAGUCCUGGCUUAUGAGAACACUCAGGUCUCCAUGACACUGGUGAAUGUGCUGGUGGAUGGUGAGCUGCUCUCUCAGGUAUUUGUCCGAAUGAUGCAGAGGGAUCAACCCAUUGAAAUGCAGCUGACGGCAGCCAAAUGUCUAACGUACAUGUGUCGAGCGGGCGCCAUCAGGACGGACGACAGCUGCGUGGUCCUAAAGACGCUGCCUUGCCUGGUGCGGAUGUGCAGUAAAGAGCAUCUCCUGGAGGAGAGGGUGGAGGGAGCGGAGACGCUGGCCUACCUGAUGGAGCCCGACGUGGAGCUGCAGAGGAUCGCCAGCACCACCGACCACCUGGUGGCCAUGCUGGCCGACUACUUCAAAUACCCCAGCUCUGUGUCGGCCAUCACUGACAUCAAGAGGGUGGGUCAGCGGCCUGAUAUGUGUCUUUUAUGUGUUUCAGGUUCUCAGGAGCGUCAGGAUAAACUGAGAGAGAUGGGCUUUGUCGACAUUCUGCACAAACUCACCCAGGCCUCGGACCCCAACCUCUGUGACAGGGCGAAGACGGCGAUGCAGCAGUACCUCGCGUGACCACAGGGGGCAGAGAUCCACCACUGCCAGCCUCACUAACAAUUGUCGGGAGGAAACCGGCCAUCGGCUCUUUUUGUUUCAGCUUUUUUUUGCACAAAGACACCUUUUGUGGACCUGUGGCUGGCCUCCCCCCCCCCCUCCCUCUCUCCCCUCCACCCACACCACCACCACCUCACUCUAGACCUCACCUCGGAGACUCUGUGGUUGUUGGGAGAUUAACGGUUAGGAGGGGUUUGCUUGUUGGUUUUCUUUCAACAAUGAAGUGAUAUUUUUCCUUUUGGGACUUUGUGAGUUUUGGUUGGCGUGCGACAGCCUUUUGGACUCCUUGCGCUCUGAGAGAAAUGGACUACGAGGUUUUUGAGCACGGCUGUCGGACAGCAAAGCUUCCCGGUUUUAUUUCCUUUUUAAUUAAUAUUACUAUUAAUAAUAAUGUUUCCUUCGGGCGCCGCAAGCAAGGACACAUUUGGAAAAAUACAGACUUGCCUAUUUUGGAAUUUUGGGUGUUUUUUUCAUUUUUUUGUGGAUACAUACCUCGUAAAUAUAUAAAUAUAUAUAAAUAUAAACAUAAAUAUAUAUUUUUGGAUUUGUAUUUUCCCCUGUUUUGUUUCCAUUCAUGCUCUCUGAACCCUGCCAGUGAAUCCGCUGCAGUCUGAUUAUGGAAAUGACUUUGAAGGUGGAUUCUUUUUGAGGUAUAAGGAAAGGAAAUGUGAUUCUCCUUGAAUUUCUGUUUUUGAUUUUCUCACCGUUGUGGUUCUGCGUGCACUGUCGCCCGUCACUUCUGUCCAACAUCCUUAUAGUCCCAAUGGGAAAUGUAGAUCCAGAGAGCUCACUCUGACCUGCCCGGUUACUUACUAACAGGCAUGAGUUCACACAGCAGAGAUAAGAGGGUUCAUGUGUCCUCACUGCUCUGUUUAACAACGUCAGCCCCUCUUCUGUGUGUGUUUGUCAAAAAGGGAUUUCUCUCUCUCUCUCUCCUCUGAAGUGUUUUGGAGAAGCGAGGACAGAGUGGAUGUGAGGCACGUCCACAGCAGCAGAAUCAAGUGCUUCAUUUCUCCCUCUCAUUAUAUACUUUCCUCUCCCAUCAGGAUCUUUCUAGACUGUUGUUCCCUGACAUUUCAAUCCUUACUGAAACUCUGAUAGAAUGAAUGUUACCAUUGAAAAUAUAUGCAGACUUGAAGAAGGA